AUGUAUGUCACUAUCCCCUUUACGGAUGCGUUGAAACAAAUGCCAACCUACACGAGAUUUCUUAAGGAAAUCUUGAGUGGGAAGCGAGAUUUUGACGUAAAGGAGACGGUGAACCUCACCGAAAAUUGUAGUGCUAUCAUUCUUAACAAAACGCCACCCAAACUCAAAGACCCGGGAAGUUUUUCUAUCCCUUGUGCUAUUAAGGAGCUUGAAAUAAUCAAUGCCUUGUGUGAUUUGGGUGCUAGCGUUAGUAUACUACCUUAUUUGGUGUUUGCCAAGCUUAAAGUUGGUGAUCUUGUCCCAACCAACAUCACCUUGCAACUUGCCGACCGUUCGGUCAAGUACCCUAUUGGCAAGGUUGAGGAUGUUCCCCUAGUUGUUGGCGAGCUUACUUUCCUUGUGGACUUCGUCGUCUUGGACAUUGAUGAGGAUGCCCAUACCCCCAUUAUCUUGGGGAGGCCAUUUUUGGCCACCGCGGGUGCUCUUAUCGAUGUGCAAGGAGGACUAAUCACCUUGAGAGCGGGAGACGCCAAGGCUAGUUUCAAUCUUGCAAUUGAUGAACAUUGUUGCUCUAAGAUGAAAAGUUGUAUGAAAGUUGACACUCUUGAUUGUGUUGAGCACAAUCAUUCUUGUGCUAUUGCUUCUAACAAUCCUUGUGUUCUUAAGUGUGAUUUUGAGAUUGAUAGGAAGGUGAAAAAGGAUAUGCACGGGAGCUCCUUUGUGCAAGGUGAUCCCUAUGAUGACGUCAUUACCAUUCCUGACACAUUCGGGAUGGAUCUUGAUGAUGUAAAGUCUCAAUCCGGCAUCUAA